AUGGAUGCUUGUCAUCUACUACUAGGCAGGCCUUGGAAAUAUGAUGUAGAUGCUAGGCAUGAGGGAAGGAAGAGUGUUUAUAUCAUCACCAAGAAUGGGGUGAACUUCACUAUGAUGCCUCUUCCAGAUGAUAAUAAGGAUAAGCACAUUGUGACUAGUGUCAUGCUAGUGGAUGAGAGGGAGUUCAUGAAGGGUGUGAAGGAGAAAGAUACUCCUUGCUUUGGAAUAGUUGUCAAGCCUAAGAUUGAACCUAAGAAGCAGCCUAAGAACCAAGAGACGGAAAGGAGAGUAGGUCCUAAACACGUUCAAAAUCUGCUAGACCGGUAUAAGGGGAUAGUUGUAGAUAGUACCACAAAUUCCUUACCCCCUCAAAGGGAAAUUAGUCAUUGUAUUGACCUCAUGUCAGGUGCUACACUACCCAAUAAGGCAGCAUACAAGCUUACCCCUGAAAAAAAUGCAGAAGUCACAAGACAGAUCCAAGAAUUGCUUGAGAAAGGGUUCAUUAGGAAGAGCAUAAGUCCUUGUGCAGUUCCUGUAGUACUAGCUCCCAAGAAAGAAGGAACAUGGAGGUUGUGUACCGACUCUAGGGCUAUCAAUAAGAUAACAAUCAGAUAUAGAUUCCCAAUUCCAAGAAUGGAGGACUUGAUGGAUUGUCGAGGAGGGGCCAAGUAUUAUUCCAAAAUGGAUUUGAAAAGUGGUCAUCAUCCAAUAAGGAUCAGAGAUGGAGACCAAUUGAAGAUAACUUUUAAGACCAAUGAAGGCCUAUUUGAGUGGAUGGCAGGAGAAACUAAAUCACCAGCUAAUAAAGUUGUUGAUGCACUUAGUAGAAGGAACUUAGAAAUCCAGGAGAUUCAAUUGGAAAGCAUGGGAAUCAAUGCCUUAAAAUACAUGUAUCAGGGGCAUGAAGAUUUUAAGGAGGCCUAA